GCAGCGCGGACACCGUCGCGGGCCGAACAGGCGCGAUGGGGUUAGCCUUGGGGGUUUGCCCAUUUUUCUCACGUUCAGGCCUCCCUAUCCUCUACUUGACAUGGUUUGACUCCAUACUGCGAUACAAGUCAUCAGGCUGUUUACCUAGCUAGACGUCCAGGCGCGAAGAGUUCGCGCGGGAGUGCAGCGAGCAAAGCUACCGCGCUACAAGCAAAUUCAUGAUAUCGCUGACCAUUUUGGGCUCAGGCAAAUACUCAAGCUAAGGUGUUAGCUUGAUGGAGCGUCGGGCGGGGACCUCGGGGCCAAAUGGCCAUGCUGGCACGAACCUCGCUGUGGGGCGCGCACAGCCUCACGGCGCAGGCAUCCGCAUCCAAACUCAACGAGGUGGUAGUGAAAAUGUCACGAAUGGCAGGAAACGGAGCAGGACUGAUCCAGCGGCGGAGUCAGGCUCCGAGGACGAUGACCGCAGUGGCGGGGCCGAGCACGAGCGCCGGCGCGGGCGGCGUGCUGGACGCGCCGUGGGCGGGAGGACGACGGCAGCGGCUGCGGCCGCCCGGGACAAUCUAGAGAUCAUAGACCUUUUGAGUUCCAGCGAUGACGAUUGCGAGGCCGAGAUCAGGGUGGUCAGGGCCUCGGCGAUCAGCAAGGGCGGUGCAUCCGCAGCGCCUUCAGGUUCGGCGCUGGACGUAGCUUGCCCCUACGCUGCCUUGCAGCCGCCGCAGCUGCCGCCGCAGCCUCACCAGCCUCACCAGCAGCAGCCACCUGCACCGUCACCGCCGCCGCAGCUGCCACCGCAGCUGCCGCCGCAGCCGUCAGGCAACACUGAUGGCGGCAGCGGCUCCUCUUCUGUCAGUCGCACCGAGCCCACUUGCGCCGGCGACACGAGCGCCGGUGGCAGCAACAGCACCGCAGCCGGCGCCGCCGCCAUCGGCGGCGGCGGCCUGCUGAACGCGGCAGCCACCAGCAAGGCGCCUCUGGAAUGCAUUGCCGAGGCCUUGCACAUGACCCUUCCUGCCAUGGAUGCUGACAUGAGUACGGCGCAGGAGCUGCUGGUGCAGCAGGCCGCACAGCAGCCGCCGCAGCUGGCCCAGAUGCAGGCGACGGCGGUGCAGCUGCGCGCGGAGCUGGCGGCGCGGCUGCAGCGACAGUCCGAGGAGGUGGUGCGGCUCCAGGCUCUGUUGGAGGCGGCGCAGCAGCCGGCGGCGGAGCAGCAGCGGCAGCAGGUGACGGAACAGCCGACGGAGCAGCGGCAGGUGCUGGAGGAGGAGGACGCCGCUGCAGUCAGCAGUCGGCGCUGCCAGCAGGAGCUGCAGCAGGCAGCGGCAGCGGAAGUGGCGGCAGCGGCUGAAGCUGAGCGCCUGGCCCGGAGGGCGGCGGAAAGCCGGGUGGCGGCGGCGGAAAGCCGGGCAGCGGUGGCGGAAACCCGGGCGGCAGCCGCGGAGGGUCGGGCGGCGGAGGCGGAGGAGCAGCUUGCGGCACAACAGGCGGCUGCCAUAGACGCGGCACUAGCGGCACAGCGUGGUGUGGAGAGGCUGGAGGCGCAGGUCGAGUCGCUGACAGCCGAGCGCCAGAGCGCGCUGGAGGCAGCAGCCUCCCUGCGUGCCGCCCAGGCCGCCACAAACGCCGCAGCCGAGCAGCAGCGCUCUGAGCUGGCGGCCACGUCCAAUGCCCUUCGCGCUCAGGUGGCAGCCCUUCAGGAGAAGCUACGGCAGCAGGAGGAGGCCGCGGGGGCCGCCACGGCGAUUGCUGCGGGGGCGGCUGAGGCGGCGGCGCUGGAGCUGCUAGAAAUUAGGCGGCAGCGCGAGGCGGCGGACGCCGCCGCGUCGUCGGCCGCCGAGGAAGCGGAGGGGGAGCUGGCGGGGUUCCGGUCGCAGCUGCAGGCCGCACAGGCUGAGCUGCGGAUCGUGCGGGACAGCAUGGCCGAAACGGAACAGGAGGCGCAAGCCACGCUGCAGGCGAUGCAACAGCGCCUGUCGGACGCGCAGGAGGCGCACCAGCAGCACCAGCGCCAGGCGGAGGAGGCCUCUGCCACAGCCACCAGGCAGUACCGGGCGGCCCUGGCGGGACUGAAGGCGGCGCUGGUCGAGGCAGACGCGCUGCGGGCACAGCUGCAGGCCGCGGAGGGCCAGGUCUGUAGGGAGAGCGCACGUGUGGCGGAGCUGAACGGGCUCGUGCGCGGGCUGCAGCAAGGCGUACAAGACGCCGCGGCUCAGCAGCGGCAGCAGCAGGAGGAGGCCGCGGCGGCUGCGAACCGUAUACGCCGGGCUGCAAACAACGCGCGCAAGGCGGCGCAGGCGCGUGUGGCGGCUCUGCAGGCGCAGGUGGAGCAGCUGCAACAGGGCAGCCGCGACGCCGCGCAUGACAUCCAACAGCUUCAACAGCAGUUGCAGCAGGCAGCGGAGCACCAGCAUGCCGCGGCCGCCGCGGCUGCAGAGCAGCUGCCUGAGGCGCUCGCCGCGGCGGACGCCGCUCGUGCUGCGGCGGACAAACACCCGCUGGCCGCAGCGCUUGCGCCGGCCGAGGAGCUGGACAUGCUUCGCGCGGCCCUGGAGGUUGCGGCGCAGAAGCAGGCUGAAAUGGCAAAAGCCAAAGCAGAAGCGGAGAUGGCCGUGGGUCUGCGGCGGCGGGCGCACCGCAGUCUCGUAGACCUUACCACAGAGGCGGUGGCGAAGGCCAAGGCAGCGCAGGCGGCCGCGGAGGAGAGGGCUGCGGCGCGGGAGGCGGACGUGGCUCGCCUGCAGCUCGAGCUGGGGCAGGCUGCGGCGGUGCAGGCGCCACCGCAGGUGGCAGCGAUACGUGCCAAGGUGCAGCGCAUGGAGUCUUUGCUGCGGGAGCGCGACGCACAGCUGCAAGAGCUUAAUGCUCACCUGGAUGCCGCCGCAGAGGCGGUGAGGAGCGCGAAUGAGAGCGCGGAGGCUGCAUGGGAGAUGCAGGAGACGGCGCGGGCCCAGAACGAGGCAGCGCAGGCGGAGGUGGACCAGCUGCAGGCACAGCUGCGACGGCAGGAGGGCUAGCACCUGCGUGAGCAAGUAAGGGAUGGGCCAGCGGCGGGAGGCAGAAAGCAGCAUGGGGCUGAUGGGGCAGGAGAGCAGGUGGCGAAGGGGGAUGACAGGUGAACUGGCAAUGCAAGCUUUUUAUUGAAGGCGGCGGUACGCAACCCGAAAUCGCGUAACGUAGUAACAAAAGGAAUGGGGCGAGCGAGUAGUAUACUAGCACUCUAGCAGCAUGACGUGUGAUGACUGAUGAUUACAGAAUCUGUGCGUCAGAUGAGACACAUACAGAUGCAAAGGUCGGCAACAGGGCAUAGGACUUGGGGCGGGCCCCUUGGCGGUUCAGAUUGGCGUUCGAUUCGCACCGGCAAGUAGCAUUGGGUUCGGCAUGUCAAGGAAGGGAAUAGCUAGGCCAGGCGAGGAUGAGUGAAUGAAGCCAGGAACCCGCAACUCCCCAAGCCAGCAGAUUGCAGGCACUCACGAGUUUGGAGUCGUGGAGAGAAAUGGUGGUUGACGCUGUGGUCGUGGCUAGCUAGGGGCCAACAGGCGUUUAGCGAAAGCAUGGCUUCAGCAGUGUAAGGUGUUUUGGGA